UUCUCUGCAGACGUUGUCCCGUCCCGUCCUGUCCGCAGUCUGCCUCAGCACCUUGCCUGCCCACAAUGCCCUUGGAUACUGGCGUGCCUCCUUCAGACAAUCUGCUGUAGAGACUCAAUUCUUAAUCGCGCACGAAUUGCGGGGGUUUUACCCUUAACAUUGGGAGGAACAAGGGGCUAGAGUCGUUGCCCCUCUGAACAGUUUUUAAUGAUUUUAUCUAUGCGAUUUUAUGUGACGGAGUACGUUGGCGGAUAACUGACAGAGCAGCAACUGCAACUGCUUCACUGGUUACCUGCUCUAACCGCGGUAGCGCGAUAGAGCAAAAUAUUACAGCGGUAUUUACUGAUUGUGCGGACUUUUCUCCAAACAUUUUUGCAUGGAUGUAUAAUGGCUACGUUUGUAUGCAGGGUACAGUUCCUAGAUGAUACUGAUCCAUUUAACAGCACAAAUUUUCCCGAGCCGACCAGACCUCCUCAUUACACAUUCAGGGAAGAUAUUCCUUUUAUUAAUCAAAUUGCUGGAAUCCAUCGGCUUCUCAAAGCCCCACAAAAGCUUGAUGACUGCGCUCUGCAGCUCUCCCACAAUGGAAGCUACCUGGACCUGGAGUCCACUCUGGCGGAGCAGAAGGACGAGCUGGAGGGCUUCCAGGAAGAUGGAGGAAGAGGGAAGAAGCACAGCAUCAUCCUCCGGACUCAGCUGUCUGUGAGAGUUCACGCCUGCAUUGAGAAGCUGUAUAACUCCAGUGGCCGGGAGCUCAGAAGAGCCCUCUUCUCUCUCAAGCAGAUCUUCCAGGAUGAUAAGGACCUGGUGCAUGAGUUUGUGGUGGCGGAGGGGCUCACGUGUCUCAUCCGCGUGGGAGCGGAGGCCGACCAGAACUACCAGAACUAUAUUCUCAGAGCUCUGGGGCAGAUCAUGCUGUAUGUGGAUGGGAUGAAUGGCUUGAUCAGCCAUAAUGAAACAGUGCAGUGGCUCUACACCCUCAUCGGAUCUAAGUUCCGUCUGGUGGUGAAGACGGCCCUGAAGCUGCUGCUGGUGUUUGUGGAGUACACCGAGGCCAACGCCACGCUGCUCAUCCAGGCCGUCUGCGCCGUGGACACCAGGAAAGGGUGUAAGCCAUGGUCAAAUGCCAUGGAGAUUCUUGAUGAAAAAGAUGGAGUAGACACAGAGUUGUUGGUGUAUGCCAUGACUCUGAUAAAUAAGACGCUGGCUGGACUCCCUGACCAGGACUCCUACUAUGACGUGGUGGACUGUCUGGAGGAGCAGGGCAUUGAGGCCAUGGCACACAGGCACCUGAACAGGAAGGGCACAGACCUCGACCUGGUGGAGCAGUUCAACAUCUAUGAGUUGAACCUGCGGCACGAGGACGGGGACGAUGAGAGCCAGCCUCCGCUCUCCGGACGUAAGGACCGGCGGCGCGCCAGCGUGGGGGGGCCCCCGGAGAGGCGGGGCCUGGAGAGGAGGCGCAGCAGGAGACACUCCCUGCAGAACGGCAAAGGCCCCGCCUCCGCCCCGGCGUCGCCCAGCAACCACGGCCACGGCCCCAACUUCCCCUCGUUCAACGGGGCCAGGAUCGAGGACAUCAACGAGAGUCAGUCAGAUGUUGCACAGUCAAAGACCCCAUGUGCUUUCUGUAUGUCUAGGGCCAGUUUUGGCCCCGCCAGACACCACGGUCAUGGCACCUAUCCUGGCCGGUCCCACUGUGUGGCCAGCGCUCCGUCCACCCCACAAAGCCGCUUCGCCCCUUCAGCUCCUCCUUCUCCUUCUACAGAGGUCAAGACAGACAGAACCACACUUGGGGGCUUGCUGACGUCCUCGUACCGGCAGCAUCAGGAGUCUCUGGCUGCGGAGCGGGAACGACGACGCAUGGAGAGAGAAGAGCGAUUGCAGAGAAUUGAGCGAGAAGAGAGAAGCCGCUUCAAUCGAGAUCACAUCGACAAACGGGAGGAGGUCAGACAAGCUCGGGAGGACAGGUAUAAACAGGUGGAGAGGAUGGCAGCAGAGGAGUAUGAGCGGGAGCGUGUGAGAGCGCCACCUAGAGGUCGCACAGAGAUCACGCUGAGCCUGAGCUCCCGCAGCACCGCCUCGUCUCACAGUCCCACUCCAGAGUCUGUCACACGCACACACACUACGCAUGUAAAUGAGCUCCGGUCUAAGCCAAGCCGUGGCCCACAGGCUCCUGCCCGUUCAGGAGUGGAGCCGCUCCCGCCGCCGCCGGCGUCUGCCUCCCCCUCAGCAGCACCUCCCCCAGGCGCUCCCUCGCCUCACUCCCCCUCCGGCGCAGACCAGCGGCACUCAACCAAGGAGCUCGCCGCCUCCGAGCCACACACACAGCAGAUUGAGGAGCAGCAGCAGCAGGAGGAGCAGGAGGAGGAGGAGGAGAGGACGCAGGAACAUGCAGCAGAGCUGAAGCCAGGAGCCGAGCUGCAGCCACAGGUGGUGGAGGAGGACGAGAAGACAGGUGUGGAGGUGGAGGUGGAGGAGGAGGAGGCUGAGGGAGAGAUGGAGGCGGAGGACGAGUCGGAGAAGGAGCAGAUCCUGGAGAGGGAGGCGGAGGAGAGCAGCCUCCUGAGUGAGAAGGAGAGGCAGAACGAGGAGGUGAACGAGAAGGACAACUGCUCAGCCUCCAGCAUCUCCUCAGCAAGCAGCACACUGGAGAGGGAGGAGAAGGAGGAGAAACUCAGCAGUGACAAUAACUCAGGCCAGUGGUCCGAAGAUGUGGAUGCCAAUGAUCAGUGUAGAAAGGUGCUCAAUGGCUCCCGUUUCAAGCUGGAUAAACUGUACGGCGGCCAGAACCAGAGGCCACUAGAUGAGGAGGAGAAGGAGAAGGAGAGCGAGAGGGACGAGAAGCAGAGCGUGGGUCAGGACCUGGCCAUCCGCAUCUCCACGCUGGAGGCACGGCAGCAGGCCGGCGAGGAGAACCUCAAGAAGAUGGACAAGGGUCACCUGGACAACCAGGGCAACGUGCGGGCGGUGGCCGAGAAGUUCGGAGAUCUGGUCAAGGGCCUGGUGUCGCCGGCGGAGGUGGAGGCCCUCGAGAAGCAAGCGCAGGACAAGCAGCUGUCGGACAAAAGCCCGUCCCCGUCCACGCCGAUCGCUCCUCCCCCGCUUCCAAAGAAGGAGUCGGACCAGAUCUGGGACCAGCUGAUGGCCUGCCCCCGCGAGCUGCGCAUCAAGGAGAUGAACUUCACUGACCUGACGGAGGCCGACGACGUGGACAUCCUGGACACGGUCAGCGCGUUCGGCUCCUCAGACCUCACGCCUCCGCCGCUGCCUCCGCCCCACUGUUUGUCUGCGCUGCCUCCCCCGCCGCCCCUCAUGGGCUGCCCCCCUCCCCCACCCAUGCCCGGCAUGCGGAUGCCACCCCCUCCGCCCUUCAUCGAGCCAUACCCGCCGCCGGGCUCGCCGAUGCCCAACAGGGGAGAAGCGCCACACUUCCAGAAGAAGAGGAAGACCAUCCGGCUUUUCUGGAACGAGAUCCGGCCGGCAGACAGGCAGUACCCCGGCCUGAAGAACAACAGGGAAUCCCUGUGGUCCAAGCUGGAGCCCGUCAAAGUGGACACGUCCAAGUUGGAGAACCUGUUUGAGACCAAGUCCAAGGAGCUACCCGUCACAAAGAAAACAGCUGCCGAUGGCAAACGUCAAGAGAUUAUUGUCCUGGACUCCAAAAGAAGUAAUGCCAUCAACAUCGGCCUGACAGUCUUACCGCCUCCCCGCACUAUUAAGACAGCCAUCCUCAACUUUGAUGAGUAUGCGCUGAACAAGGAGGGCAUCGAGAAAAUUCUCACCAUGAUCCCCACAGAGGAGGAGAAGCAGAAGAUCCAGGAGGCCCAGCUGCUGACCCCGGAGGUCCCGCUGGGCAGCGCCGAGCAGUUCCUGCUCACGCUCUCCUCCAUCACCGAGCUGUCCGCCCGCCUGCAGCUCUGGGCCUUCAAGAUGGACUACGACACCAUCGAGAAGGAAGUGGCUGAGCCCAUGCAGGACCUGAAAGAAGGCAUGGAGCAGCUGGAGAAGAACAAGACACUGCGCUACAUCCUGUCCACGCUACUCGCCAUCGGCAACUUCCUCAACGGCUCAAACGCGAAGGGUUUUGAACUGAGCUAUCUGGAGAAAGUUCCAGAAGUGAAGGACACGGUGCACAAACAGUCUCUCCUUCACCACGCAUGCUCCAUCGUGGUGGAGAGGUUUCCAGACAGUUCGGACCUCUACUCUGAGAUCGGGGCCAUCACACGCUCUGCCAAGGUGGACUUUGACCAGCUCCAGGAGAACCUCAGCCAGAUGGAGCGGAGGUGCAAAGCAUCGUGGGACCACCUCAAGGUCAUCUCCAAGCACGAGAUGAAGCCGUCGCUCAAGCAGAGGAUGUCCGACUUUCUGAAGGACUGUGCCGAGCGGAUCAUCAUCCUGAAGAUCGUCCACCGCAGGGUCAUCAACAGGUUCCAUGCCUUCCUGCUGUUCCUGGGCCACCCGGCGUACACGGUGCGUGACGUGAGCGUGCACCGCUUCAGUAAGAUCCUGAGCGAGUUUGCGUUGGAGUACCGCACCACGCGCGAGCGCGUCCUUCAGCAGAAACAGAAGCGGGCCAACCACAGAGAGAGGAACAAGACCCGGGGCAAAAUGAUCACAGAUCAUCUCCAGCCCUCCUCCUUGAUGGGGAGCUUCAGUGGGGCUCCUCCAGGAAAGAGUGAUGAUGAAGAGGAUGGAGAGGGAGGGAAGUUUGGCGGCUCAGGCCCCGAGGCUCCGGAGGUGCAGGGUCUGGGAUACGCUGAGAGCGCUGCCGAGCAUGAGAGCAUGAAGGCCGUUUUGAAGAGCAGUCUGCAGGGCAGCGACAGCAGCACCUCAGUGGUUCCUGGUCUCCGCACAAGGACCAGAGCCAACAGAGGAUCACUUGUAGGCCGGAACAACUUAUGGUCAUCGGCGAAUGACGACCCAACAAUUUGCACAGACGACACGGCAGACGAGAUCAUGGAGCGCAUUGUGAAGUCCGCCACUCAGGGGCCGAGUCAGAGGGCACAGCCAAGGGAGAGGAGGAGAUCCAGGGCCAACCGUAAAUCCUUGAGGAGGACGUUGAAGAACGGCCUGACCCCAGAGGAGGCCCAGGCUCUGGGGCUGUCCAGUGGUUCCGAGAUGCAGGUGUGACAUGGCGAGAUUCAGCAGCUCUGACUCCAGCACACACUCUCCCUCUCUUACACACACACACACAUUUGUCCAGGGAAACAAAGCCUCCUUUCACCCAGCCCUGAUCUCCCAACCUGUCCACACCGUGACGCCGUGGUCCAGGCUUCUCCUGGCCUGAUCGGACUUUUGCCUGUUCCUGGGGGAUCUGGCCAGCGCUUCACACCUGUUGCGCACUCUGUGGUUUAAGGAAGCGGUGCAGUAUUUCACAGUGACACGCAUGUACACACACACACACACACACACAGCUCAGCAGCUUGUACGUGAAGCAGAAUGUUCUCCCCUCCUCGUUGCUGGAAGAGCGUGCCGUCAGCCUCCUCCAGCCCUCUCUCACUCAGGGCUCACAACCCCAACACAGCUUCCACACACAGCUCCGACUGGACUCGAGUGAGUGAGUGACCGACUGAGGUGUUUCAAAAACCACUGUGGCCUUUCUGUAACAUGGACACAGGACACUGUCCGGCCCACAGAAGUCCAUCCUUUAUCAGCCACACCAGUGGAUAGCACAUCGGUGGAGUUACUGUAGUUUAUAGUACACUCUCCUGCAGUGGAUUUUUUUGGGGAAUAUGAACACAGCUUCGUAACUGUUGAGUAGGGUUGUAGAUUUGCUCUCCUGAGGCUGUAUAUUUCGGAAGCAGUGUAUCUGCUCUGCUGCAGUAGACCUUGUGAAAAUGGUUCACGUCCCAUGCUUAAGUGGCGCUCUAAGGCAGUGAACUGCACUCAGGAAGGAGAGGACUGAUUUUAAUUGUGUGAAUUCUUUCAAAAUGAAAUACGUUAAGACAUAUGCACAGACACGGCACAAAAAUCACUGUUCAAAUGAAGGAUGAGUUAAUUUCUCCUGAGCAACACAUUGUGAUUCUAUAGCUGGAUGUCUAUAUGACCCUGUGUUACAAUUCACAUUGUCUUGUCCAGCCGACACAGUUAAUGUUCAUGACAAUUUCUUGACAACCCUGUGAUUGUAUGUGCCCCCAAUUAUUCCUUGCAGAAAUCAAACCACUGCUGAACAAUGUUUUUUUUCUUUCUUUUUUUAUUAGUUCAAUAUCAACAAAUACUGAGUUUCACGUGAUUUGAGUGCCUUUUAAGAUAUGGUCUGCUCAUUCAGUGACAGACAGGGACAUUCAGCACUAAGCCGUCACUCACUGAGAGGAAACUUUCAGCCUCUUGUGUCCCUUCCCCACUCCUUCUGGUACACAGCCCCUGUCCUCCAUUCACACUGGCUGCAUUUUCACCGUUUGCAUGCACUUACGCUUGGAAUGACACACAUGAACAGUACCUUGAACCUUCCUUUCCAACCACAAUCCUUCAACAGCGUGCUGUUGAAGCUAUAGACUCAAAAUGGACUGUCCACACCAUAUGACUACCACGAUGACUGGUUUUGCUCUUUUCCUAGGUUAUGAAAUGUGGUAGCAUCCAGCACCUUAUUAUUUGUAGAGAUUUUGGAGGAACAUUUGAGUAUUAUUAUUGAAGCUUUUUCUCAACAAAUGUUUCUCUGAGUAUUGUACUAUGAAAGUAAAAACUAGAAAUUACUUGUAAAGUAAAACCAGAAUAAAAUGUAGAAGCAACGUGGGGAAAAAAGAUACUGUAAAAUUAUGUAAAUGUCAGUGUUUUAUUUUUGUGUUCCUGUUAAAUUUGUAUUUUGUAUAGUAUAGUGUACCAUAGGUGAGGCACAGUGUUAUUCUGUAAUUUAAGAGAAAACAAGCCAUGCAUGGUGAAUAAAAAAAAACAGCAGCAGACAUGUCAUUCUAGCUGGAGUUAAAGGGAGGUUUCUUUGACUUUUUUUUAACACUCAGUGGAUUUUUGUGUUUUUGUUGUGGUGUUUUAUUUUUUCUGCACAAACUUGAAACUUGCUUGGAUGAUGAAAUCAGUCCAGCCACCCCUGCACUCCUGUCUAAUAUAACGCUCCAAUGCCUUCCACUUCAUUGCACUCAUGCAGUCUUGCAGUCUUGUCCCACUCCACAUGCCAGCAGUUUUCAUCUGUUGCUAAAAGUGCCAUACGAGUGGGUUUUGAAAGUGUUCAUUAAACUAUUGCUAUGUCUAUGCCCACAACAAAAAAUAUGCAUACAAAUCUUGCAAUAAAGAGCUUUUAUGAAGCA